CCUGUGCGCAGACGUCGGCAGCAGAAGCAGUCAGUAUGAGGUGGUGUGAGUUUGACUGACCGCCGAGUUACUACCGAAAAAAAAAAAAAAGAACGAAAGUAAGGUGGCUUACGACGCGAGCUUACCGCGUUUUGGUAUUGAGGCGAAGUGGUGGUGUUUUUCCGGCAAGGAUUGCCCCCAUCGGCCACACAUUCUGCAGCCAUGGAGUGUUUUGUGACAAAGACAGGACGGAUUUUCCUGCUGGGUUGCGUUCUAACUGGAUUUAUCUUGCUACGGUGUCCACACGAAGCAGCUGGCAUCGACAUGUUCGGGGGUGAUGGGAAUUUCAUCGGUGGCCAUGUGACGCUGACGUCAUCAGACUGUGCCCUCCUACUACAUAGGCACUACGUGCACGGCGUCGGAAGGACGCCAGCGCUCCAGUUCAAGGAUUUUUUCGAAGCAUUCAAAACGUCGUUCGUGAGCGCAGGUCCCCACGAACAGGUCUGCAUCAAGUACUCGGACAUCAACAGCGCCUUGCGAGAGGCCAAGUCAAGGCUAAAUUAUAUCCACCCGUACGCUGCGAAUGACCCUUUGCCGGAGCCCAAGGACAUUGCCCCCACAGCCGAGCUUACGCUGCUCGUUACCAAGAUCUUGGCAACGCAGUUCCGCAUGACGCACGACGAGAUUAUGAACGGCCUGCCGCUGAUCGACACGUCAAAGACGGAGCUGUACGACCUGUGCCCUGCUCACGUGAAGCCCGUGCCUUGCACCGUGGAGCGGUACCGGAGCAUGGACGGCCGCUGCAACAACAUCAAACACCCGUCAUGGGGUGUCACCAACACACCCUUUGUACGCUUUCUGCCGCCACUCUACAGCGACGGUGUGCAGGGUCCCCGACAGGCGGCCGACGGCGGUGAACUGCCAAAGGCCCGCGCCAUCAGUAGCUUCAUCCACCGAGAUUUCGACCACCCGAACAGGCAGCUAUCGAUUCUGGUCAUGUCUUGGGGACAAUUCAUCGACCACGAUCUCACACUUGCAGCACCGCCAAGGGAUGAGAGAGACCUGGACUUCGAGUGCUGCAGUGUUCCGAAGAAGUACCAGCAUCCGCUGUGUAUGACCAUCGAGGUGCCUCGGGACGACCCCUUCUACAGCCAAUAUGGCAGAGACUGCAUCGAAUUCAAGCGGUCCCUGGCUGGUCAACGUCCCGGUUGUGCUCUAGGUCCACGAUCUCACAUCAACAUUUUAACGCACGCUAUUGAUGCCAACUUCAUCUAUGGAUCAACCGAUGCUCUUGCCAAGAAGCUAAGGUCUUUCCAUCGAGGACAACUGAGGGUCUGGGAUCGCUUCCGUGAGCUGGGAUUGAAGCCAAUGCUGCCUCCGGAGUCCGAGAACCCAGAACGAGAUUGCAUCGCCCGACCCCGGCAUCUUUUCUGCUUCCUGGCUGGCGACGAACGAGUCAACGAACAGAUCCACCUGACGGUGCUGCACACAUUCUACGUACGAGACCACAACCGCAUGGCCGAUGAGUUGGCGCGGUUGAACCCGCACUGGGACGACGACCGACUCUACCACGAGACGCGGCACAUCAUGGCCGCCGCUGUCCAGUUUAUUACCUACAACGAAUUUCUACCCAUGGUGGUCGGCGAAGAAAAUAUGGUUCGAUACAACCUGACUCUACAAAAGCAGGGUUACUGGCACGGCUAUGAUCCUGAUGUCAACUUGGCGCUCUCCAACUCCUUCCAAUCAGCAGCGUUCAGGUUUGGCCACACGUUCAUCCAGGGCAUGGUCAGGCGCUACAACAAGUACCACGAGUUCAUCGGCGAGGAUUUCCUGCGGAACCUACUGCGGCAGCCUUUCAUUGUGUACCAGCCUGGCAAGCUCGACGAAUUGGCCGGAGGCCUCAUAAACACGCCAGCCCAAACUUACGAUCCAUUCGUUACGCAAGAGGUAACGAACCACCUGUUUCAAAAUCCCGAGGAACCAUUCGGCAAGGACCUCAUUGCCAUCAACCUUCAGCGGGCCAGGGAGCACGGAGUACCGGGUUACAACUCCUUCCGCGAGUGGUGCGGACUUCCACGUGCGCACACGUUCGCCGACUUCGAACCCUGGCUUAACAACGGCACGGCCUUCCGUUACUCGCAGAUCUACAAGCACCCCGACGACGUGGAUCUGUGGAGCGGUGGCAUCUCUGAGAGGGUCAUGCCGGGAGCGAUGAUUGGUCCCACUUUCGCGUGUAUCAUCGCAAGGCAGUUCUCGAACCUGCGGAGAGGCGACCGCUUCUGGUUUGAAAACCCUGGCCUGCCGUCGUCCUUUACACCAGAGCAACUUCAUGAGAUCCGCAAAGCCACGCAGUCCAAGAUCAUUUGCGAGAACGCCGAUGACAUUCCCACAAUCCAACUCUGGGUAAUGAGGCUGCCGCACCCAAUUUACAAUCCAAGGUUCCGGUGCGAGGAUAUACCAGGCAUCGAUCUUCGCUACUGGCAAGAGGACCCCGUGCACGGUGGAUACUCGUUCAAGAAGUAGUGGCCCGUGUGUGUGGUUGUGCCUACAUUGUUUGGUUUUUGCCCGCUCGUUCGGCCUUGAAGGGGCUCAGUGAAGUGCGUGUGACACCGCCCAUGGAUACGCUGCCACCCAUUUGGUUUCUCCCUCCCCUGGAGAGGAUACACUCACCUGGAAGAUGCCAAGUGUGACACGACCUUCGUGAAUGCCCGCUACGUGGUGCGCGAGCCGCGUCAAUGUUGCGCUUGCGAACGACUCAAGACGACUACUAUCAGCGGGUUUCGAAGAAGCCGGAUAGAAAAUCGAUCAACGAC